CAAAUACACAGAGAGAUACCCCGUUUCCUGGCUGUUACUGUAGAUGGCUAUGGUGUAAAUGCGAUCACCCAGGUAGUGAGUUUACAGAACAAACGUGUUUUCUGUCUUUUCUCUUUUUUUUUCUUUUCAUAUUGUGUUUAAAACCAGACACUUGGUUUAAUUCCUGGUUGAAGUGCAGAAUAACGUACUGUUAAUGGUUAAUUAUGGAUAGAGAUUCUGGUUGAACGGAAUAUCAUGGAAGCCACAGCUAAUACUCCUUUCAAACUACCCCUGUGGUCUGAGUGGGCUAUCCAAGUUAAAGAAAAACAAAAAAAAUGCAGCAAAUGCACAACAACUAUCCCAGAUUUGAAAGAGUUGGCAAUUCGGUCCCUUAUCACAUACCUUAAGCAAAAGAGUAAAUGCCAUGAAAUUCAAAAAAUUUUGCAAGAUAAUCAUAUGCCUUCUGCAUUAUAUGUUGAUGUGGCAUGCAUACUGUUUGCAUCUAAACAGUGGGGUGCCCUUCGUUCAUUGGUUUCCUACUGGCCAUUUGAAGCAUUUCAUCUUUCUCGAAUAAUCAAUAUUACCUGUCCUCAAUGCUGGCUGGCCUUUCUUGACUCAGACGAUACAGAAGACCCAGAGAAAGAAGGUGGUGAUACGGAAAGGCAGUUGUUUCGUAAAGUCUUCAAGCACGUGCUGGAUGGCUUCUUUUUUGUAAUGAAGAAAACAUUGGAGAAUGAAGGGCAAGCAAGUUCUCUUCGGGUGCUAGACCUAACACUUGAGACUUCCCAAGAAAUUCGGAGUUUCAUGUGGGAGGACGAAUUUCGUCGCCUUGGAAGAAGAGUAACCAAAAUCCUCGAUGUCUGUAUUUUAGCCGGUUUACAUAAGAAAAUUCAGAGCAGUAAGAAACUAGCUAUGAAACACAAAAAUUCUUGGACAGCAAAGCGACCGUUGGUUACGUUGGAAGUAAAGGAUGUGUUCGAUUAUUGGGAGCCGGAUGCAAUUUCUUCUUUGCAUAGCUGCGAGCCCACUUUUGAAAAUUCUAACUUUGAUAUCUCGACAUGGGAUAUGAAUGCAGAGGUGUCAGCAUGGUCGGCUGCCCAAUCAUCUUUGGCUUCAGUUGACAAAAACUGUGAUGAAGCUUAUUUUCAACAGGGGAAGAGCCCAGAAAUCGGUGUAUGGAAUGGAAAUGCACUUGAUUUUAAUCAUCUGACAGAUAUGCCAUUUUUUAACAUUACUAUCGACGCAUCUAUUUCAGAAAAAUCCAAUGACAUUUUGAGUUGGAUUCAGCAGCGCUACGAUGAAUUUGCACCGUCGCCUAGUCCAGUUUCCGUGACGUUUCGCUUCUUAGAAAUCAAUUUGCACGAAGAACGCAAACUGGAAGCAUUGAUGGAUCAAGUGCCAGAACAUGUCAUCGGGCUGAAAUUUGUUGAAAUAUGCGAGCGACGAAGUGUUCUUACGUUGUCGUCGCAUAUAGACCAUUUUUCUUCAGUUAGUUAUUUGGAUCUCGGUAGCUGCGCCUUCAAUCUGGCUGACCAUUCACAAGCUGUCGAAUCCAUGUCAGUUGCCUUUAGCCAUUUGCGUUGCUUAGAGCGAUUGAGUCUAGCACAUAAUCAAAUAGCGGGAUGCUUGGCUGAUCUUCUAAUUCCACUUCAACACGGUCUCGAGUUACUGGACUUAACUUCUUGCCGCCUAAACGAUGAUGACCUGAGCUACCUUGGAGAAUCCGCUCAUUGUCGGACGCUCCGAUCCCUCAGUUUAGCAGCUAAUGAGCUUGGUUUACAAUGGGGUAAAGUUAUACCUUUGCUCGACCAGAUAGGCAAAAGAAGCAGCCUUCAAAUUCUAGAUUUGAGUUCAAAUGAUUUUGUCGAAUCACAGUUAUUAGUUUUAAGUCGGACAACUCUCGGUCCGCUGUCUUCGCUUGCGUUGUUUGAUCUUUCCUGGCAUGAGUUGUCUCUAGCCUCGCUGAUCUCAAUUGUUGAGUUACUGGCAUCCAAGACAAAUCUUCGCACAUUUUGUCUCUCAACACCUAUUGAUAUGCUUGAAAAUGGAUAUGAUCAUUCCGAUAGCUGGCAACGUUUCGUCAACUUAACGGAAGCUCUGACUGCCAAGCAUCGUGAAGGAAAUCUGAGACCAUCUCUAACUCUUCAUUGGUGUUUGAUGUAAAAUCGACUGUUCGCCAUCUUUUUAUUUCGUACACCAUGCAACAGAAAAUGAAAUAAAGGGAGGAACUUGUAUAAUUA